AUGCUUGCAAAUGAUUUGACGCUCCUUGUGAUACUCAGUGCAUCUUCUAUAGCCACAUUCAAGCUUUGUAAUGAGAUUUUGUGGUACAAAGCUCAACAUGUGUUUGACUUAGGUGGGUCCACUUCAAAAAAUGAGAUAAUGGAUCUUAAUGUGUUUAAAGAGCACGAAUUCGGAUUCCUGGUCAAGUUUUGCUCCCAAUUUUCACUCUCAUCGCAACGAGUUACUAGAUUCUUUCGAAUACUGUUUGCCUCGACAUUCUCGCUCUGUUUGGUAGCUGUGGAACUAACGCUAUGGCAGAUUGUCACGGCCGGAAAUAACUCCCAGGAAGAGCCUGGGUUCGUUGCAAUGGCCUGGCUAGUUGUUUCAGUGACACUUGCGUUAAAUUUGAUUUUAGUCCAGCCGUUUUUGAUAUUACUGUCGAUACUCAACAAAUUCUAUGGGGACAAAUUGGGGAUCGAAUAUUUGACUAUGAUCUCAAGCGCCCUGAUCUUGGCUUGGAUUCUUGCAUUGAGCACACUCAACUGGGGCCCUUUUCAUUACUCUUCCAGUCUCCUUACUAAACUUUCCAUGAUCGGUGUCAGCAUCAUGGCUAUACUCUCUGGAAUUGCCUCCAUGUCUACACCUUAUUACGUAUUUCAGUUUUUGUGGCAUAAGCACGAUAAAGAAAGCGUGCAAUACAUUUCUAGCAGUAUCCCAGUACUAUUACUUGACGAAGUGGUUUUGCUCGAAAAGAAGCAUGAAUGCGAGAUGAAAAUUCAAGAGAGCUUGGUGAUUUUGAGAAAAUUGGAUCAACAGCCUGGUGGUUCUGAUUCUAUCCUGAGACAACAACUCAUUGAUCAAAUAAGUAAAUAUCAACUGGAGCUGGCAAAGUUGGAACCAGUGACUCGAGACCCCAAAAACAUUCGAUUAUUGAAGCGCGGAUUUCAGCUUGUCUUUUUGAUAUAUUGCAUGUACAAGCUGAUCGUCACAUUUGUUAGCAGAAUUCCGGCUAUAAUCAAUCACUCUAUAAAAUAUCCCGCAGACUACACUUACCAGUUCUUUGAGGCUUCGAAUGGCAGUGGCAGUGCCUCCGGUGAUCCUCUCGCCGUGACUCUCUCAAAAGUAACAAAUUUCUUAUUCUUCCGGUUCCAGGACCAACUAGAAAAAGAUUCUCUGACCAAACAAGUCUCGCUGCUACUAUCGUUAUCACUGUUUGGCUGCUCCGUUUCCACUGUGAUUACCACGGUUUCUUUUUUGACGACACUUCUACCACUGCGACUUCAAAUAUUGGCUUUGAAGACCAUACAAGAGAACACAUCCAGCGACAUUCUCCCUACUUCUAACAAACAAAAAUAUAGAAAUCACAAGAACCCUUCUGUCAUAAAAAAUCUUCUGAUAUCUGAACUCACAGGUGUUUACGUUACUGCAACAAUCUUAAUGGUUCGCUCAAAUUUGCCCACAGGAGUUGCUCAGCAGUUGAAUGAAAUGUUAGGAGAGAAAUUUGGGGUCUCGGAUAUAACCCUACAAGUUUGGUUUGACAAGGUGUUUGCCGUGAGCGCUCUUUUAUCAUUGAUAGGAAUUAAAGUUGCUGAGAGAACAGCCGCGCCAUAG